CCAAGAUUGCUAUAUAUCAGUUGCCAAGUGACGGCGGAACGUCUCUCAGCUUCAAAACCACCUCGUUAAAGACAGUUGAACGAGACUAUCACCACUUAUAUCUUCCUCAACGCUACCGAAGCUACAAACACAGCCAACUUUCUUCCCCAAGAAAGAUUGUACGUUCCGUCAAAGCACUGCAAUCGCAGCGUGCCAACCAUUUCUAAACCAUAUCCGCCAUGAGUUCAGUCUCGUCUGGAAGCUCGGACUACGGUGACGCGCCACCUGGUUACAAGGAGGCAAUCGAUUCGGAGAGCUUCGUGUCACCAAGCGACAGUGGUAUAAUCAGCCAGCUCGACAUCCAAGCCAUUGGCUAUGACACAAACCAGGCCCUCACGGGCAACAAGCUGGAGGAUAUCCCGGUGUGCCGCGUUGGCUCAGGCGAGCUAGAGUACACCUCCGUCCGGCUAAAGAAGAGCUCCAACUCCUGCGCUCUCGUCCGCGGAUCCGACUCUAGCCAGACGCCUCUGAUAUCGACAAUCUACCGUUGGGGCCCCGGUCGGCGUCCCAGAAUGAGAAUCCUAGCACCGGGAACUACCGCCACGGUGGAAGAAGCCAUCAACUCGGACCACCUCGUCUGCGAGGUAGUCGAAGUCAAAAGCCGCAACAUAAUGUCGCGCACGCAAGAAUUCAAGACGUCUUUCGGCACCUUUGAGUGGCGCUACGGCGGGCGCGACGAGCGCAAGGAAGCCUCCAAGGCGUCCUCCCUCUUGGUCUUGGAACGCACUGACGACGCUGCCACGGCCUUGGCUGGUAAUAGUGGCAAGGUGGGCAAGCACGGCGUCCCGGUCGCUCAGCUUGUCCGCAACAAGGAGCUUCGUACCCAAGGCACGAGUCGCUGGAUGGGUGGCAAUGGCGGUCGUUUGAUCAUGAACCUUGGAAUGUGGGCGGAUGAUAAGAAAACGACUACCAAGGACGCCGAAGCUUUCAUCGUCGCCAGCUGUAUUCUCAUGCUCAAACGAGAGGCUGAUCGGUUCAAGGACAACACGAUUGCCGCCGUUGUCUGAGUCAGAUUAGAUCGGGCGUGUGUAUACGACGAGACGAUCUAUGAGGAGGCCUGUGAGCAGCGAAUAGUUAUUUCCCUUUUUACGACAUGGCGUCAGGUGCGGAGGGAAGUGCUCACAAAGAC